AAGCUGAAAAGUUUGGAAAGCAUAUCACAAAUUCACCGUCGUCGGCGACACUGAGAAGUCGAGAGCAUUUGCCUAGAUUGGAUUUGGCUGGGACUGCCUGUUCCUGAAUUUUUUGUUAACUGGGGUCUUCAUUAAGUACAAUCCAUGGAAGAUGGGAACUGUGAUACUCGAUGCAAGAGUCCAAUAUUAUCAACAGAUGGUGAAGAAGCUAAUGAAGAUAAAAUUAAAGAGAGGUGUUGGGACCAGAGAGAAGCUGUACUAGGGGAGCCUAAAUGUGUCAUAUGUGGCCGCUAUGGCGAGUAUAUAUGUGACCAGACAGAUGAUGAUAUUUGCAGCUUGGAAUGUAAAAACACUCUACUAUGCAGGGUUGCCAACUCACAGAAGCCAGUUCAUCUACCACCUGCUAAAAAAUUACCUACAACUGAUGAGUGCUUUUAUGUUAGAGAUUCUGAUGAUAAAUCAGGAUCUCUAUCUUUGCCUAUGGAUCAAGCUGAACUUCUCAGAAAGAAACUUGAAAUUCAUGUGAAGGGUGAAUUAACUGCAGCACCCAUUAUAUCAUUCUCUUCAUCUAAUCUUCCUAAAAAGCUUCUGCAAAAUAUAGAAGCUGCAGGAUAUGAAAUGCCCACACCUGUGCAGAUGCAAGCAAUCCCUGCUGCUUUGACAGGCAAAAGCCUGCUUGUUUCAGCUGACACAGGCUCAGGGAAAACUGCUUCCUUUCUGGUUCCAAUUGUUUCUCAUUGUGCUAGUGUUCGCCUUGAGAGCUCCACAAACCAGAAAAAGCCAUUGGCAAUAAUUUUAACACCAACUAGAGAGCUCUCUAUACAGGUUGAGGAACAUGCUAAGUUACUUGCAAAGGGUUUGCCAUUUAAAACUGCACUUGUUGUUGGUGGUGAUCCCAUGGCUGGACAACGACAUCGCAUUGAGGGAGGGGUGGAAUUAAUUGUCGGAACUCCAGGUAGGCUUAUUGAUCUUUUAACCAAGCAUGAUAAUGAACUAGAUGAUGUGAUCUUUUUUGUUCUGGAUGAGGUCGACUUGAUGCUCCAAAGGGGUUUCCGAGAUCAGGUAAUGCAGAUCUUUAGGGCUCUAUCACAACCACAGAUCUUAAUGUAUUCAGCAACAAUCUCACCUGAGGUAGAGAAGAUGGCUAGCUCUAUGGCAAAAGGUAUUGUUGUCAUCUCUGUUGGCAAGCCUAAUAGGCCAAGUAAGUCUGUGAAGCAGCUAGCUAUCUGGGUUGAAUCAAAGCACAAAAAGCAAAAGCUUUUUGAUAUUUUAAUGAGUAAGCAGCAUUUUAUGCCCCCUGUUUUGGUGUAUGUGGGUUCAAGACUUGGGGCAGAUCUACUAUCUAAUGCAAUUACAGUCACCACUGGGAUGAAAACUUUAUCAAUCCAUGGGGAGAAGUCCAUGAAGGAGAGGAGAGAAAUCAUGAGGUCAUUUUUGGUGGGAGAGAUUCCCGUUGUUGUGGCCACUGGAGUUUUGGGUCGGGGUGUUGAUCUUUUGGGUGUGAGACAGGUAAUAGUGUUUGACAUGCCCAAUUCCAUUAAAGAGUACAUCCAUCAGAUUGGGAGGGCAUCCAGAUUGGGAGAUGAGGGUACAGCAAUUGUGUUUUUGAAUGAGGAAAACAAGAAUAUGUUUCCAGAGCUGAUUGAAAUUUUAAAAUCCUCUGGAGCAGCUGUACCUCGGGAGCUUGUUAAUUCACGGUAUGCAGUUGGUUCUUUCUCUGUUGGCAAGGGCCAGAAAAAGAGAAAGCAUGGUCGCUGAAGUCUCAAAUGCUUUAUAGAAUUUUUGGCUUCAAUUCGGUACCGUGGACAUGUUCCAUGACCCAAAUGGACAUUUUGCUACUAGAAGAAGGCAAAAUGAUGUUUUGCUCUGCUGAACUCCAUGUGUAGCUGCACUAGUCAUGAUUAUUACAACAAGUGAACUCACUGGAUAUCUGCAUGGGGCCAGAGAUAAUGCUGAUUGCACUUUCUACACACAUCGAUAACUUUCUUGUUUGGGGAUGAUAAACUUAUUUCACUUCUACAUCCCGUGGUCUGGAAAACUCAGAGUCAAAAUAAUUUUGCCGGCAGUUGUGGGCAUACAGUGUAGAGUUCAAUGUAUAGCCAAAAAGUACUUUGAUGAGAAAGGUUCUUCAGUUUGUAAAUUUGCUGUUCUGGGGCUGUUUCGAAUGCAUAGUGAAGCAAAUAGAGUGCACAAUGGGGGGGCUUUAUUUCAAGUUGCUCAGUGCAUUUAGCAAUUCUGUUGGAUUUGGACAUUGAUACAAAAUUGAGGCAUAUUCUUUCUGCAAUUGCAAGUAAGGUAUGCUGAAUAAUUUUGUCUACACCAGGUUGAUGGAUUUGUUAUGUGGUAAAGCAUUAGAUAGACAAAUUUCAUGGUGAGUUUCUUUCUGUCUAGAGCACGUAGAACCUAUGUCAAGGAUUUUUGUUUGGGCUUGUAAGUUAAUAUUUAUAGGCAUUAAUACGUAAAUUUCUCAUUGACCUUCUAGAGCUUUGUAUGCCAAACAAUGAGCCACUUUAGAUGAUUGUAAGAUCUCUAAUAGAACAUUAACAACAGGAAUUUUUUAGCUUGUCAGCUGGCUUCAUUGUCUUAUGUUUCACAGACAUAAGACCUCCCAGCUGAUUGGUU